UCAUUUGAGAAACUUUGAAACGAAAAGAAACCAAAAAAAAAAGAGGCAAUACUCAAAACAACUUGUAAUACCUGUGAAAUUUAUAAAUAACUGACAGGUGGAAAAUAAAACGACAAGGCAAAUCAUCUGCAACACCCAACAAAAAAUUUUGUUGGAAAAAAAUCAAUUUCGCAAGAUUCAAAAACCAAUUUUCCAGUUUGAAAAAAACUCGACACAUUUGAUUUCCAUUGAAUUGAAAUUCGUUGUAUUUUUUGUCAUAUACACCUUGGCCAGCACCUCCUUUCAAAGUCGACACAAAUAAAUCCAACCAAAUGCCCUACAUAAUAAUUCGUGGUAAUUUAGCCUCCUAUAGCCAUAAAUAUCCAUGGCGUGUUCUAGUAUCAGGAUUAAAAGCCCCAGACAUUGAACAAUUGAAUAAAUUUUCAUGUGGUGGUCUAGUGGAUGAGACAACUAUUGUUUAUUUGGUACAUCCUUGUCACAUACUGUCCGCUCUAGAGAUUUUAGGUUUUCGCGUUGUGGCCUCUUCAUCGACAGCCGUUAAGCAAGACUACAACGAGUAUAUGUGGACAAUGCGCAAAGAGUUUGCCGAACCGGAGCCAUUAGAAACAGAAUCAGUUGUAAGGGAAAAUCUCUCAAAUAUUGGAAGGGAAGCGGCCAGUUUAGGCAAUUAUCAAAAAGUGCAUUCGCCCGAAUAAAUUCAAUUCGGUUCAACAUUUGUUGUGUUGUUAGUAAUAUUUCAAACAAACAAAAAACACCUACCCCGCCUUUCCCCUUUUUUUGUAACAUUCUAUUCGUUUAGACUCCAAAGCCAAGUUUUUU